AUUUUCAGAUUUUCAGUUGCGUGAUGGACAUCGUGUCAUCGUGUCCGUCCAAAAGACGUCCAUCAAACGAAGAGAUUUCGGAGAGCGUUACUUCCAGAACUGUAGUGCAAGAGGAGAAUAGGAACAGAAGAGUGUUACAGUCGUCCAAUGGCAGAAGAAGAAGGAUGGGUUGUCCCCUUUGUUCCCUUUGCGUCGAGCAUUGAUUCGCCUUUUUGGGUUCGAUACUGUCGCGAAAAGCUGGAAACGAUUCAAUUGAGUGAAGAUCCAAUAUCUCUUCGAGCCAGCUAUGGCGUGGAAGGACCACCUCGAUUGCAAUGUCAAGAGAAUGCCUUUCAAGAGCAGACUUCGGUUGUUGCCAAUGAACGCGUCGGUGUGGCAUUGACGUUGCGAGGGUUCAAUACGAUCGAAUCCUUUCAGAAAUGCGACAAGAAUCAGAUGAUUCAUGAUUUCUUUGCACCCGAGUUCUUGGAUUCCAGUCAAUCGGCUCUCAAAGUCAUGAAUUCUGUGCUUCUCUGUGUGUAUCCUGAACUUAAGAGCCACAGAGUCCUCUAUUGGAUGGGCGUCCCUGCGAUCUUGACCUGCUCUGGAAAGUCCGUUCGUGCGACGCAACAGACACCCCUGACGGAAGCUUGGAGCGCUGAGGAAAUACAACAAUUAGACAACAACAUUGACUCGUUGAGACGGUCCAAUCUACAAGAAAACAGCCAGGGACUGCCUCCAUUCUUUCUUGUCACCAAGACUACUUGCAAGAGCUUUUCCGUGGAAUCCUACACACAACUAAAACAGCAAUCCACAUCGCCUGACGAUGAGAUUGUUUUUGCAUUUUGCGAUCCUUCAGGCCCAACACCCAUCCAACCACAACAACCCAUGGGAUGGCCACUGCGAAAUCUAGUGGCUUUCUUAUGCCAUCACUUGGACUUGGGAAGGAAGACUGUCAAAGUGCUCAGCUACAGACCUGCACUAAUCCGACGCAUUGUAGAGGAAAAAGAAAGCUCAGGUGGUGACAUGGGUGACAAGAGUAUUUUGCUCACCAUUCGAGUGCCAAGCAAGAGUGACUUCGAAUGGCCAGCCGUAGAUGCUGCAGCGCCAAAGCAACACAAAGUCUUGGGAUGGGAGCUCAAUGCACGAAACAAACCAGGGCCCCGCUGGGUCAACCUAAGGCCGUUGCUGGAUUCCAAUCAUUUGGCAAUUCAGGCUGCUGACUUGAACCUCAAACUCAUGAAAUGGCGCAUGAUCCCCACACUCAACGUGGAUCAACUCCAAAAAACCAAAGUCUUGCUCAUUGGUGCCGGCACCCUGGGAUGCAGUGUCGCACGAGUCUUGGUUGGAUGGGGCAUUCGAAACAUGAAAAUUGUCGAUUAUGGCAAGGUUUCCUAUUCCAAUCCAGUCAGACAGAGUCUCUUCACGCUCGAAGAUUGUCAUUUUGACAAUGGGAGUGGACGGCUCAAAGCAGCUGCGGCAUCGGAUGCGCUCAAAACCAUUGCGGCAGAUAUGCAAAGCGAAGGCAUCAAGUUGUCCAUACCCAUGCCUGGCCACCCCGAGACACGAGAGUGUAUCGAGGAGUCUGUUAGCACGCUAGACGCCUUAGUGAAAGAGGCGGAUGCUGUCUUUUUAUUGACCGAUACACGGGAAUCCAGAUGGUUGCCCACGGUCAUGGCUGCUGCACACGACAAGAUCCUAAUCAAUGCCGCGUUGGGUCUGGAUAGUUGGUUGGUGAUACGCCAUGGUGCAGGUGCCUCUGACGAGACAACCGAAUGCCCCCGACUUGGAUGCUACUUUUGCAACGACAUCGUGGCACCCGAAAACUCGACCAAAAACCGCACGCUCGAUCAGCAGUGUACUGUGACACGACCUGGAUUGGCCCCCAUUGCCAGUUCCAUGGCGGCAGAACUUAUGGUUUCACUCUUGCAUCAUCCAAAGCGGCAAUCUGCACCGGCACCCAAGGCGGGUAGCAUGGGAGCAUUCUCUCCUACGGCUGCGAGCGACGAUCCAUCAUCUUCAGGGCCCCUGGGUAUCAUCCCACACCAAAUCCGGGGGUCAUUGGUGAGCUACACCAUGAUGGCACCUACCGUACCAGCUUUCAAGCACUGCACGGCAUGUGCUGCACCUGUCAUUGAAGCCUACAAGAAAGAGAAAAUGGAUCUUGUUUUCAAUGCCUGCCAAUCAAAGGACGGUGUCUUUCUCGAGAAUACGUCGGGUCUGACUGGUUUUCGUGCGGACGCAGCUGAAAAGAUUGCGGACAUGGAAGAUUGGGACGAGGAUGAUGAUGGUGACAUGUAGGGGAGUGAGUAGUACCUGGUACCGUAUUUUUGUGUGACAAGGUACUCGGCAGUUAGCAGCGCACCUACACCACCGUGCUGUUUUCUUGACUAGCACUUGCUGAUUGCAGAAAGCUCUUCGAAUAAUUAUCUUGGGCAGAAAUCCAAACGUGAGGGAUACCCGGCAUAACCGUAGUUUUUCAACGUUUUGUAUG